AUGCACGUCAAUAAGCACUAUGGGAGCCUCUUUUAUGUACAGACCAGUCGUGACCGAUCAACCAACCAGUUCAUCCCUGCAAUCAAAUCGAUUUGGUUCUCCAAUCAUCGCAGUCGUCCCGGUCCUGUGUCUGUAGCUUUAGAAGAGGUCUCCCAGCCUGUUUUUCCAGGCAAGAACACAUCCACUUCGACCAAUACGCUUCCUGAUUCAAUCACCAUUCACAGAUCUCCUCAGCCAACAGCCAUAGACCAGCGGGUCGUCAACUCUGUUAAUGGCAGCGAUGGAGUCGUGGAUGGCAUCGAUGGCUCUAGCGAGGCGCGUUCAACGUCUGACAAUGAUUCGUGCUCUCCGAUCCGCUUCUACUACCAGAACGUUCGUGGUCUGAAAUCCAAAAUUGAUGACUUUUUUCUGGCUUGUUUGGAAGUGGAAUACGAUGUCAUAGUGCUAGUUGAGACAUGGUUGGACGAAAGAAUCAACUCUGUUCAACUGUUCGGCAAUAGUUUCAACGUGUUCAGGAUGGAUCGCAAUCAUAAAAAUAGCUUGCGUAAAGUAGGAGGAGGCGUUUUAAUUGCUGUCAGGAAAGUCUUCGAUUCUUGUUUAUGCACCGAAGGAAUGGUUGAUAGUCUUGAGCAAGUGUUCGUACAGAUAUCGGUUACAGACUGCACAAUUUUUGUUGGAUGUUUCUACCUACCCUGCGAAAAAUGUGGUGAUAGGAAUCUUAUGGCGAGUCACGUAAGCUGUAUAGAAAAAGUACGUGAACGUGCCGGAAUCGACGACAUCAUUGUUGUCACGGGUGACUACAAUCAGCCAAACUUGGUUUGGUCAUGCACUACCAACGGAAACAAUUUCGCGUAUCCUAUGUCGGUGCGAUCUGGACUCGGACAACAAUAUUCUUCUAUCGAGGUGUUAUUGGACGGUGUAGCACGAUGUAAUCUGAUCCAAUGCAGUACGAUUCGAAACUAUAACCAGCGUCAGUUGGACCUGAUUUUUGUCAGUGAUAGAACGGCUUGUUCAGUAACCACAACUGUCGACCCACUUGUUAUAUUUACACUUGAAAACAUUGAGUACUUGAAAUACGAAGAUGUUGUCAACCCCGGGUCACUGAACUACAGACGGAUAAACUUCACUGGAUUGACUGAAGGUUUGGAAUUGACUGACUGGUCUGCUGUUCUUAGCUGUACAGAUGUUGAGGAGUCGAUUAAUCAGUUUGGCCUCAUCGUGAACAACUUGCUCAUGAGCCAUACUCCCCGAUUCAAACCAUCACCUAAGCCACCAUGGUCGAACGGCAGGCUUCGAAACUUAAAAACCAAAUGCUCGACGGCGCUUCGGAGAUAUUCAUCGAAACGGUGUAUGUAUUCGAAGACUCAAUUCAAGGAAGCAUGCUCUGCUUACCGUGCAUACAAUCGCCAAAGAUAUGCUGGUUAUGUGAGGAGAAUCCAGGAGCAAUUGCGUCGCAAUCCAAGGAUGUUUUGGUCGUUUGUUAAAUCAAAGCACAAGGAAGAUGGUUUACCCCUGACUAUGUCACUCGGAACCUCUACAGCCUCGACGAACGAAACGAAAUGUAAAUUGUUUGUGCAGCAUUUUGCGUCAGCUUUUGGCAAAGCUGGUCCGGAAAAUCCAUCCAAUGAAUUUCUCGAUACUGUUCCUGCUGAUCUUGUCGAUGUUGACUGCUUCUUUGUAUCCGAAGAAAUGCUUUUUAGAGCGGCGCACAAGCUUAAGUCUUCGUAUACUCCUGGACCCGACGGUCUACCAGCAAUUGUUCUGAAACGAUGCAUUCAACCACUAUCAACGCCACUCCUGAAGAUCUUCAGACUUUCAAUGGAACAAGCAAAAUUUCCUGCAGAAUGGAAAAAAUCAUACAUGUUUCCAGUUUUCAAAAAAGGUGAAAAGCGGUCUGUACGUAACUACAGAGGCAUCACUUCGCUGUGCGCUGGCUCUAAGCUGCUGGCAAUAAUUGUGAGUGAAGUAAUUCGCUUCAGCUGCAGGAGUUACAUUGCUCAAGAACAACAUGGGUUCGUACCAGGCAGGUCUGUUCAUACAAAUCUGAUGGAGUUCAUCACGUUUUGCAUUGACAAUACUGGAUCCGGUAACCAAGUUGAUGCUAUUUACACUGAUCUGAAAUCAGCUUUUGAUAGGAUUGAACACGACAUUGCCUUGAAGAAGUUUGCUAAACUCGGAUUUUCUAGUAGCCUCUGCCGCUGGUUGGAAUCGUACCUCAAGGAUAGAAUACUGCAAGUCAAAGUAGGUUCUUCGUUGUCGAAUGUUUUCGUGAAUGAAACUGGAGUUCCCCAGGGCAGCAAUCUCGGUCCCUUGCUAUUUGUACUAUUUUUUAACGAUGUCACUGUACCGCUUGAUGGAAGGUGCAAACUGGUAUAUGCCGACGACCUGAAAAUAUACAUAGUUGUGGAAAGUUUGGACGAUCACUACGUUGUACAAUCACUGCUGAACAAAUUCUACGACUGGUGUAAAAAGAACAGAAUGACUAUUAGCAUUGAGAAAUGUAUCGUUAUUUCAUUCCAUCGAAAACUAAGCCGUGAGAUCUUCUAUUUUGACUAUCGUAUCAAUGAUCAAAAGCUUGAGCGUGUGGAGUGCGUCAAGGAUUUAGGCGUCCUGAUUGAUUCCAGAUUGACAUUUCGAAACCACCAGUCUGCCGUAAUCGACAAAGCGAAUAGACAACUUGGAUUUAUGUUUAAGAUUGCGAGAGACUCCCUCCCACAUUCCCACAAUAUCAAGAAGCAGAAGAAUAUCUUCCGAUGUGGGGGCCAGGAUGGUAGCAAUGAUGCAAUUGAAUCCGCGUCAAAUCGAUUGUCGCAAUACCGACGCACGUUGACAACGGCGACGACGGAGCGAUCCACCGUCGAUCCCUUCGAUCCACCCUGCUGCUGCCGUCCUAGUUCCAAGCCCGCUGUCGGUUUCAAUCUCACCUUUCGGUUGCCGCUUACCGGCACGCAGUUGGACGACUGA